UAAGAGAUUUGUGGUCGCCCCGGAUGUAGAUGGGUUGCUAGAAGCAAUGGAGAGGGCAGAGAGGGAGCCACGGACGGUCCUCGAUGGGGAGGAGAGCUUGAUUACGAUGGAUACGACAUAGAGUAGUAGCUGUAUAUCUUCCGGGCCGGCACUUGAUAAUUUCAAUUUCAUCUCUUACCCACGAACCACCAUGUUCUUCAUCAAAGAGCUAACACACACGAUCCUGCUGCACCCAUCCUACUUUGGACCGAGGAUGCUCAAUUUUCUCGAGUCGAAAUUAUACGCGGACGUUGAAGGGACGUGUUUGGGGUCUUUUGGGUAUAUUAUUGCUGUGGUUUCUAUAUUGGAUAUUGGGAAGGGUAUGGUGCUGAGUGGGAGUGGGCAGGCGGAGUUUAUUACGCGGUACCGGGCUAUUGUGUUCAAGCCGUUCAAGGGGGAGGUCGUCGAUGGGGUCGUCACGAAUGUGAACAAGAUGGGAUUUUUCGCUGAAUGUGGACCAUUGACAGUGUUUGUGUCGCACCAGCUUAUACACCCCGGCUUGCGAUUUGACCCUAAUUCGAAUCCUCCUUCGUUUGCCUCUGAGGAUCAGAUUAUCGAAAAAAACACCCGCGUGCGGCUGAAAAUUGUCGGUACUCGUGUUGAUGCCACCGAAAUCUUUGCCAUUGGCACGAUCAAAGAGGACCAUCUUGGUGUCAUAGACUGAUGAGUGUGAGGGCGCUCUGCCUUGUAUAGGAUUUGUAUCUACAACAGCUUGUAUCUCCGACGUAC